GCAUAUACCCAUUUGGCUUUUUGUGUUGUUUAUGAGAUGGUCCCUUUAGGCAUCCUUGUGUUCCUUCACAGGAAGUAAACCCAGAAAAAUUAAAGAUGCUUCUUUUUCCUUCUUUUUUGAAUUGAAGCUUAGGUUAAAUGAAGCACAACCCAGAAAACCAAAGUUUCUAUUUUUGAUUCAAAUUACUCUCAUCUGUGUGUGCUGUCUUAAUGAUUCAAGAUACUUACUUUGCCACAUUGAAGCGGAGAAGCUGUACAUGAUGAUCUGUUAAAGUUUAAUACUUUGAGUUUGAACCCAAUAAAAUUAAAGGAAAGCAAGAAUGACAUCUGCUGUCAAUGGUGAAUGCCAUGGUAUUGUUGAGGAACCUAAGGGUGGCCAAGUGAAGACUCAUAUACCUCUGCAUGUUUCUACAUCUCAUAGGGGACUCAUAAGUAAUGAUAAUUCUCAGAACCAUUCCCAAGGUAGCAAUCUUGCUAUUCCCAAAAGGCUAAGGUUCCUCAACUUUGGUACUUUGGGCUCUCCAUCGGCAAAGUUUCAGCAGAUAGCUGAUGAAAGAGAUGAGUUUUCUCGAACUGUACCUUCUUCUAGCAGCCUUCAUCUCCGUCAACGCCUUUCUAGGCUGUUUUCACGGAAAAUUGAUUGGACGUCUCUUUGCAAAAUGUGCAAAGAGUGGUUCAGAAAUCCGCUGAAUAUUGUACUCUUUAUCUGGAUUGUAUGCGUAGCCGUUUCUGGUGCAAUUUUAUUUCUUGUGAUGACAGGGAUGUUGAACCAUGCCAUCCCUAAGAAAUCUCAGAGGGAUACGUGGUUUGAAGUGAAUAACCAAAUCCUUAAUGCACUGUUUACUCUGAUGUGUCUGUACCAACACCCACAAAGACUCUAUCACUUUGUUCUUUUAAUGCGAUGGAGGCCAGAAGAUAUUUCCAGGCUGAGAAAGAUUUACUGCAAACAUGGCACUUAUAAGCCCCAUGAAUGGACACACAUGAUGGUGGUUGUUGGGUUACUUAAUCUCAACUGUUUUGCUCAAUAUGCUCUGUGCGGCCUUAAUUUGGGUUACAGGAGGUCAGAAAGACCAGCUAUUGGGGUAGGAUUAUGUAUCUCAGUUGCAAUUGGUGCACCUGCCAUUGCUGGAGUUUACUCUAUGCUCAGCCCUCUUGGAAAAGAUUAUGAUACUGAGUUAGAUGAGGAAGCACAACUUCAGAUGACAGCUGCUGAGAGCAGCGCAUCUAGCCAACUGAGAAGAAAAUCAUUGGAAAGAAGAUUUUCUUUUGCAUCAGAUGAAGGAAGAAUUCUUGAAACUAGGCCACAAUGGAGUGGAGGCAUUCUUGAUUUUUGGGAUGACAUUUCUUUGGCAUAUCUCUCUCUGUUCUGCAGUUUUUGUGUUUUUGGUUGGAAUAUGGAGAGACUUGGGUUUGGAAACAUGUAUGUUCAUAUUGCAACUUUUCUUCUCUUCUGUAUGGCUCCUUUCUGGAUCUUCAAUUUGGCUGCUGUUAAUAUUGACAAUGAUAGUGUCAGGGGGGCGUUAGGACUUACUGGAAUUUUCCUUUGUCUAUUUGGGUUACUAUAUGGUGGCUUUUGGAGGAUUCAGAUGAGAAAACGAUACAAUUUGCCUCCUUACAAUACUUGCUGUGGUAAACCUUCUGUUGCUGAUUGUGCACUAUGGCUUUUCUGCUGUUGGUGUUCUCUUGCACAGGAAGUAAGGACUGGAAAUUCCUAUGACAUUGUGGAGGAUAAAUUUUAUAUGAAACAAGAUGAAAGUAUAGCUCCAUUACCUCGUGAGGAUGUGCUAUAUAGAUCCACUCAAGGUUCUCCCAACUCCUCUCCACCUCCAAUAGUGAAAAAUGAGAUAAUGACACCGCCUGCUCCUUCGAUUAUACAAAGAGAAGAUGUGUAGUACGACCUUUUUGCAAUGUUAUGAGAACUUUAACCAUACACUGUAAGCUCGCCUGCGCAAUUUUCAUUUUAGCUAUAGGUAUGUUGUAUUUCUACAUUCUAAAUAUGUUGUACAAGUACAAGUGCUGGUUGUGAUCAUCAUGUUUCAGAUAUUUUAUUCUCUGUAAUAUUGUCGCAGUACUCUGAUUCUUUCACA